AUGGAGGCUGCGCAGCAGGAGGCUCGUGUGCGCAAGGGGAAGAUGGUUCUGGUUGAAGAGGAUUCGGAGGAAUGGGAGCCGCCAUAUAAUAGCACGGGUUCCGUGGAGGAGGACUCUGACGCCACUCUAUCUGAUGGAGUUGCGGAUCAGUUUGAAAUCCGGUCUCGGGGUCCUCGCUUGUCCGACUCGGCCCACCAACCAAUCUUGUCCGGCCAGGUUAGACAGGUAGUUCAAGCCUUUGAAGCUGGAAGUGUGGUUGUUGAUGGGGUGGGCGGAGUGGGUACGCUGGCUAGUACAAUUGAAGUUCCUGCUCUGAUUGAUGAGUAUGGCUCGAAUACUCUGGUGAUGGGGAUGGGAGGGCGGAAGCAUUCUUGGGAAGAUAUUAAUGGUGAAGUUGAAGGAAAUCCCACGGUGAAGAAGCAGUUUGUGGAAGAAGUCGGGAAUGAUGAGCUGAUAUCGGUGGAGGUAGCCAGCCGGAAAUGUCCCCAGGGAGAAAAAUGA